AUGGACAUCAUGGCUCAUGUAUAUAUGGAUAGCCAAAGCAGCUUGAUGACUGAUGGCGCCGAUGUACUGGAUUAUCCCUUUGGUAGUGAUGCAAGCAUAUUUACCCAGAUGAAGAUCAAGCGCUCUGAUUUCCCUUCAGAUUUUAUCUUUGGUUCUGGAGUAUCUGCUUAUCAGGUUGAAGGUGCUUGGGCAGCAGGUGGUAAAGGCUUGAGCAACUGGGAUGUCUUCACACAGAGAGCACCUGGUUAUAUUGAAAAUGGAAGUAAUGGGUGUGUUGCUAUUGAUCAAUAUAAUUUAUGGAAGGAAGAUGUAGCUUUGUUAAAAAAAGUGGGCUUCAAUUCUUACAGAUUUUCAAUUUCAUGGACUAGAGUACUCCCAGGAGGAAGAUUAUCCGCGGGAAUAAAUAGAGACGGAAUUAAGUACUACAAUGAUCUCAUAGAUUUGCUCGUGGCCGAAGGCAUUAAACCAUGUGCAACUAUCUUUCACUGGGAUACUCCACAAUGUUUGGAAGAUCAGUAUGGUGGAUUUCUAAGUCCUCGAAUAGUGAGAGAUUACUGUGAAUUUGCUGAGCUUUGCUUUUGGGAAUUUGGUGACCGGGUGAAACAUUGGGUCACAUUGAAUGAGCCGUGGUCCUAUACUGUUCAAGGAUAUGUGUUGGGCACUUGGCCACCCGCUCGAGCAGCAGUUGAUAUAUACAGACAAAGAUAUCAGGCACAUCAAGGAGGCAAGAUAGGAAUGACAAAUGUUUCACAGUGGUUUGAACCACUUACAGACACCAAAGAAGAUAUAGACGCUGCUUCAAGGGCCAUUGAUUUUAUGUUCGGAUGGUUUGUAGCACCAAUAGUAACCGGUGAUUAUCCACCAGCUAUGAGGGAAAAUGUGGGCACACGUCUUCCCCAAUUUAAGAAAUAUCAAAUUAAGUUGGUGAAAGGAUCCUAUGACUUUCUAGGCGUAAAUUAUUACACUGCUAAUUACGCUACCAGUGCGCCACCUCCGUCUCCUGGUGCUCAACCAAGUUACGAAACUGAUCAACAAGUGACAUUAUCAGGUGAUCGUGAUGGGAUACCUAUUGGUCCACAGGCCGGUUCAGAUUGGCUAUACAUUGUUCCAAUUGGGAUUUACAAGCUGUUGACUUAUAUAAAGGAAAAAUAUGACAAUCCCAGCAUUUAUAUUACUGAGAAUGGGGUGGAUGAAGUUAACAAUACAGCCCUAACAGUUUCAGAAGCUCGGUUUGAUGAGAAGAGGAUUACAUAUCAUCAAGAACAUCUCUACUAUAUUAAGCUAGCAAUGGAAGAAGGUGUAGAUGUGAAGGCUUACUAUAUAUGGGCAAUGUUCGACAAUUUUGAAUGGAGCUCAGCAUACACCGUCAGAUUUGGCAUUUUUUAUGUGGAUUUUGUGAAUGGACGGUUGUCAAGAAUCCCGAAAAUGUCUGCUAUAUGGUUUAUGAAUUUAUUGGACGAGAAGCCUAAUUUGUUGAAGAUACAAGCUCAAGCAAAUGAAGGAGAAAAUGCUUCUGUGAAAAGGCUAAGAAGCAGAUAA